UGGUUUGCUUUUGUAGAGGGAGCAUCUGGAGAAUGGUGUUUCUUUUCGUGUCCUAUGAGCUGAUCUGAGACCCAAAGGUGACCUGCUGGUUGGACAAUAGUCAGGUCAACCAGAGAAGGAGUGCCUUUGUUACUUGCUAGGUGGUAUUCAGAACAAAGCAAAUGAGCUCUGAAUUUCCUGCUUACCGGAGACCCCGCUGGCACAGUCCCCUCGGAGGUCGCUAGGUGGCGCUGGGCCCCAGGUGGGCGGAACCGCGGCGCGCCGGAGCCACGUCAGCGUCUGAUCUGCCGGCCGCGCGUGUGGCGAGAUGGGGAAUGCGGCCCUGGGAGCGGAGCUGGGCGUGCGGGUCCUGCUCUUUGUGGCCUUCCUGGCGACCGAGCUGCUCCCUCCCUUCCAGCGGCGGAUUCAGCCCGAGGAGCUGUGGCUUUACCGGAACCCGUACGUGGAGGCGGAAUACUUCCCCACCGGCCCCAUGUUUGUCAUUGCCUUUCUCACCCCACUGUCCCUGAUCUUCUUCGCCAAGUUUCUGAGGAAAGCUGACGCCACCGACAGCAAGCAAGCCUGCCUCGCUGCCAGCCUUGCCCUAGCUCUGAAUGGUGUCUUUACCAACAUCAUAAAACUGAUAGUGGGCAGGCCACGCCCAGAUUUCUUCUACCGAUGCUUCCCCGACGGGAUGGCCCAUUCUGACCUGACUUGCACAGGGGACAAGGAUGUGGUGAAUGAGGGCCGAAAGAGCUUCCCCAGUGGACACUCUUCCUAUGUGCUCGUUGGAUCCAUGAUUGGAACAACAUUUGCCUAUGUCUGCUACAGGCAGUACUACCCCCCUCUCACUGACACAGAGUGCCAUAAACCAUUCCAGGACAAGCACAGACUUCCGUCUUCACAGAAGCCCAGUGUGCCUCACCGUUUGGACAUUUAGUUGAGUCUACCUCAGUGGAGAGCAAGCAAAUCAAUCCUCCUAACUGGACACCAUGCACAAGCCAAGGAUUUCUGGCUUUUACCUCUUCCAAGGUCAAAGGGAGGACACAGCCACACUGUGCACCUUUGCCCCACUUCCAAGGCUAGACCCUGAGGUCUCACUGCCUGGCUUGACACGGGCUCUCUCAGUGCUUCUCUCACUAGGUUAAUGAGUCCGGUCCCAGUAUUCUCAGAUCUAGUCAGUGUCUUUAUGUCGAUGUAAAUGUCACUCCUGAAGAAAGCUUUUUAUAAAGGAAGCUUCUCAUGACCCCAUUUUAUCCUAGAAGGCUUAAUUACCAGACAUAAUCUCUGUCCCUUAUAAAUUAGGGCAGUUCCAAACUUUGAUUCUGUUUACUUUUUGUGGUAACAUUCCAUUAAGCCUUAAAUAAUAAAACAUCCAAUUUUUUACUUUUUACUACAUUAGGAAAGAAAACUUAUGGGUGUUAUCUAGAAGAUAAAUGUAUCUUUUUCUGCCUUUUGUUCACAAAGAAACAUAUGGAGCAGCUAAAGGCUCUCACUAGAACUUGAUCCUGAGGACCACUUGAUGGAUAGCUACCUUUUCUUCAUUGUUACUAUACUUUAAAUAAAAUUCAGUCUUGUGUA